AUGGUAUCAUCACUCCGUUAUGAACGUUAUGAUUUUCCGGAUCUUUCCGAUCCCACUUUUUCAUUUAAUUACUCCUCAAUGGCCUCACCAUCAGCAAUGCCCAUCAUUCACCAUCCGACUCCACCAUACAAUCAACAUCAUCAAAAAGAUAUUGACAUGACUUCAGAAUAUCUCGCCAUGAAUGGAAGGGGCAUCUCUUACACCGAUCUUCUUACAACUGACAACGAACAACAGCUCAUGGAAGCUUACGCUUUUCGAUUGAUCCCUCCAACUCACGCGACCACAUGUUCGUCCCCGGAAAGCGACAACUAUAGCCUAUUUGAUCCAAAAAUAAAAAUGGAAUAUGAUUCUCUUGACGCCUCUCUCUAUGAAAUGUCUAGAACUUUAAGCUCAGAAAGUAGUUGUCCAGAUCUUUCAGUAUGCCCCGCGAGCAUCUCUUCAACGAAUCCUCUUACCCCCAUUGAUUCCCCUCAUGAUCAGUCUCCCAUCAUGACGCCAACUAUCUUACCUCAAUAUCAUCAACAUCAUCAGCAACAACACAUGAUUAGCGGAGAGAAUGAGAAUAUGUCGAAUGAAGUUAUGAUGCAGCCUACGAAACGGGGUCGGGGCCGAAGGGCUAACGUGACAAGCGCCACCAUGAACACAGGGAUCCAACUUCAAGAUCCACAAGAAUUCCUAAUGACUUCGCCUUCUUUAUCUUCACCGCAAAAAUCUGGAAAAUCAAGGGGACGACGAAUGAACAACAAACCAACAAAACCCGGUACAAAAUCGUUUGAGUGUACUUAUGCGGGCUGUGGAAGAAUUUUUAAAAGGUCCGAACAUCUUAAGAGACACAUUCGGUCGAUACAUACCCUUGAGAGACCUUUUCAUUGCCCUCACCCUCAUUGCACAAAGAGAUUCUCUCGUUCGGACAAUCUUUCUCAACAUGUUCGUGUUCAUCGACCCAAUGGCAAGGAAAAGAACGCAAACUCGAGAAAUUUCAGCAAUUUCACUCCCUAUUUACAAACGUAUCAAACAGGAAACCUUCACUCGACGUUACAACACUGA